UGCGAACCCACACUCAUUUCGUUUCCUCACAACCGUAACGAACCGCUACCUCUUUCUCUCCUCACAACCUCGCUCACCGACUCUGCUACCCCAAACCCUAGCAAUGGCCUCCGACGACCUCUCCACCCUGCCCUCCGCCGCCGAUGACGAGAAGUACGGGUUCAAGAGGCCGGAGAUGUUCCAGAGCAAGCUCGCCGGCACCGUCGACGCCUACGACCGCCACGUGUUCCUCUGCUACAAGAGCCCCGAGGCCUGGCCCGCCCGCGUUGAAGGCUCCGAGUCCGAUCCGCUCCCCAAGCUCCUCUCCUCGGCUUUCAAGGCCCGCAAGAACGAUAUCUCGAUCAAGACUAAGCUGACGGUGUGCGAAGGGCGCGACGGAACUGAAUUCGCUGACGGCGAUGUGUUGAUUUUCCCGGAUAUGAUCAAAUACCGGGGCUUGAAAGAGUCAGAUGUUGAUAGCUUUGUGGAUGAUGUUAUCGUGAAUGAUAAAGCAUGGGCGUCUGGAGCACGGGAGGUCUUGACUGGUUCUCACGUUUUUGUGUGUGCCCAUGGUAGUCGAGAUCGUAGAUGUGGUGUUUGUGGACCUGUUCUCAUUGAUAAAUUCAUAGAGGAGGCUGAAUUGCGAGGACUGAAGGAUCAGGUGUUUGUUAGUCCCUGUUCUCACAUUGGGGGCCACAAGUAUGCUGGGAACUUGAUUAUCUACAGCCCUGGUGCAGAUGGAAAGAUCACUGGUCACUGGUAUGGCUAUGUUGCUCCUGAUGAUGUACCGGAAUUGCUUGAUGAGCAUAUUGGGAAAGGGAAGAUUAUAGAACGAUUAUGGAGAGGCGAAAUGGGAGUAUCUGCUGAGGAAGCUGAAAAGGUUAAUGAACACAAGCUUCCAAAUGGAGAAAGUGAAAAAUUUAAGGACCAGAAGCUUCCAAUUGGAGAAGGUUCUAAGAAAAGCAAGGAAAACCCCCAAGAAAACGGCACUCAGAUUCAGAACAGCAAUGAUAACUUUGCAGGUUGUUGCCAGGGUGCUAAUGGAGUCUCAUGCUGCAGAGAUGGAAAUUUGGAGCAGAACAGUGGAAUCGAGGAAAAGAAGCAGAAAGAAACUACGGAAGCUAGCAGUGGCAAGAAGGAUGCAGUGGGAUGCAAACUGACAAGCUACAUGGGAAAGUGGGAGCAAAGUGAUAUCCUUGCAGCUGUCGCGGUGGUGGGAGCAGUGGCAACUGUGGGUGUGGCGGUCUAUAGCUUUUACAGAAGGUCAGGGUAACAUUCCAUGCCCGUGCCGUUUGAUCGUGGAUUUGUAUCUCAUGUUCCUCAUCUUUUGGUAGAAAACAUAUUAUAACAUCAAUCAAAUAAUUCUCUAAACCUCCACAUACUAUGAAAGGAGAAUAUUAAUGUUCUUUUCUGGUGGAUGGGAUGAAUUCCCAAGGUUAAAGCCAUAGUUUAAAAAAAUAUUCAUUGCCCCCUUCCCUAGAUGUUUUGUGCUCACGAUUGAAUAUUUGUUGUUUCUGUAGACUGGUGAAUGGUUUACUUUUAUAUGUAGUGGAUUUGUUACGGGGAUCUUGAUGCUUAA